AUGUCUGCUGCUGCAGCUGAGAAAAAGCUAAUUUUUGGCAUUGAUAUCGGCACCACUGAGACCCGGAUAAUGCACACCGAAUCGAAUCCCCAACGAAUGUUGAGGCCUCUGAUCAGUUCAUUCACCAUCGACCAAACAACUGCUUUCCCUACCACUAUUGGGUAUGAGAACGACUGGAAUCGGAACGUUGUCUGGGGUCCAAAGACCGGGGCCAGCGGGUAUACCGUUUAUCCUUGGCUCAAACUUCACCUUUACAGCCCCAAUCAUCCCAUUCUACAAGAGCUCAAGCGGACCAACAUCCCAACCCUACCUAACCGGAUAACACCCGAGAAAGCGCUUUCAGAUUUUCUCAAGCCACUUUACCAGGCCAUCCAGGAAUGGAUUAAUGACAAAUGGGAAAAGGAUGCAGGUUUUGGGGCAAAUACUCCUGAUAAAGUGUUUUUCGUGGACGAGGCCGAAGCGGUCACUUUGUACUUUGCAGAUUGCCAGGGCUACAAAACGCCGGAAGAUGGCUGUAUUUUGAUUUGUGAUGUCGGUGGGGGAACAAUAAAGGAUGUUGACGUAUUCGAGAUCCGGGGCACGGGCGUGAAUCCUCUCUAUGUGUCACUUAAAAGCUCUUCAGGUGCUGACUCAGGGGGUGCAGCUAUGGAUGCUGUGAUUGCUAAAUGCUUAGAAAACCAACUUGCUUGUAAGUUGGGAGUGUUAAAACUGUUUAUAAAGGCUCAGUUGGAGUACAUUAGCCUUGUAAAGUAUGACUUUGAAGGCAAUGGGAACAUCCCGGUCGUUCUUGACGAGGAAAGCGGCAUCGUCAUCUCUCAGGCGGAGUUCAAAGCAUGCCUCCAAGGAAUAAUCGACGGUAUAAUCUGUCCUAUUUAUCAGUACCUGGAUGCAUUAAACAGAAUUCAAAAGCUUAUUUCCGUUAGUUUCCUCUUGUCCAAGCCUUUCAUACUUUGCGCUGACAGAUCUCUCAAACAGUAUGUUUUGCUAGUCGGGGGUCCCAGUAUACCGGACACAACACAGCUGAUGGCCCUCAAGGAUGUAGAGAACUAG